UGCCAUUGGCUGGGCAUGAGGGCUAUAAGUGAGCGCCCAGCAGCCAGGCCCGGGACAGAGCGGACUGCACCGGCGUGGCGGUUCUGAUCAGCUGAGCAGAUCCGAACGGAGAACGGCUGGCUACCCUAGAGGGUGUCGACGGGGCCAUGGAGGGCGGAUGCACAUAUGAAGAUUAUCAGAACACUGCAAAAUGGCUUCUGUCCCACACCAAGCACCGACCUCAAGUGGCAGUUAUCUGUGGUUCUGGGUUAGGAGCUCUGGCUGAUAAAGUAACUCAGGCCCAGAGCUUUGACUACAGUGAGAUACCAAACUUUCCUCAAAGUACAGUGCUAGGGCAUGCUGGUCGGCUGGUGUUUGGGUUCCUGAAUGGCAAAGCUUGUGUGAUGAUGCAGGGCAGGUUCCACAUGUAUGAAGGCUAUCCGCUCUGGAAGGUGACAUUCCCAGUGAGGGUUUUCCAGCUUCUGGGUGUGAACACCCUAGUGGUCACCAAUGCAGCUGGAGGGCUCAACUGCAAGUUUAAGGUUGGAGAUAUCAUGCUGAUCCGUGAUCACAUCAAUCUGCCUGGUUUCUGUGGUCAGAACCCUCUCAGGGGGCCCAAUGAUGAAAGGUUUGGAGUCCGUUUCCCUGCCAUGUCUGAUGCCUAUGACUUGGAUAUGAGACAGAAGGCUCACACUAUCUGGAAACAAAUGGGGGAGCAGAGAGAGCUACAGGAAGGCACCUAUGUGAUGUUGGCAGGCCCCAACUUUGAGACUGUGGCAGAGUGUCGCCUGCUGCAUAUGCUGGGUGCAGAUGCUGUUGGCAUGAGCACAGUACCAGAAGUUAUAGUUGCGAGACACUGCGGACUUCGAGUCUUCGGCUUCUCCCUCAUCACUAACAUGGUCAUCAUGGAUUAUGAAAGCCGGGAAAAGGCCAAUCACGAGGAAGUACUUGAGUCUGGGAGAGUAGCUGCACAGAAAUUGGAGCAAUUUAUCUCCAUUCUUAUUGGUAACAUUACACUGCCUGACAACAGUUAGCCAGGCCAGCUGCUUCCUCAGGAUCCAAGUGCUAGCGCUGCUUCAGCCCCUUGCUGGGGUCUUGUCCCUCUACCCCUACACAGUAGCAGGAAGGAGAGGAAGGUCCCUAUCUUUGAUCUUUCCCACUUCUCCCACCGUUUCCCCCUCUGCUGCCCCAAAAGCUGGACUGCAAGCCCUACCACACACCCAUGUGUAUGCCCAUAAUAUGAUGACACUUUUACAUUCCUGGGGGCUCAGUUCUGCCUCCCCCAAAGCACCAGAGACCACUCAAGAAUGAGUCAUACCUCUGUGCUACUAUCAUAUUUGAGAUUAAAGAGAAAGAUGAAGCGAUAUCUUCUUUUUUGUGUAAUUUGGGAUGCAGACCAAGUUCACCAAGAAAGACUGCAAGACUGUGCAUGUCUCAUGUGAUUAUGCUUCUCAGACGAGUAGCUAAGAACCAAGUUGAGGUGAUGUGAAUGCAGGAAAGAAGGAAGGAAAGGCAGAGCAAUGAAAGAUAAAGAUGUUAGAGAUAAGGAAGGGCUAACUUCUGGCACGUGAUAGCCACUUCCCUAAGACCAGUCUUGCCUCUGACCCUUGCCUUCUGAUUUUUCACUCCUUAUCUAUUCUCAAGAAUAUCUGAAUUAAUUCACUAAUCUCAGCUGUCCCAUAGUUAUCACUUCCUUGUCAAGCCCUAGUUAUAUUUCCUGUUGGUUUCUUUCUUUCCCUACCUUAACUUCUCCCAUAAUUGAUGUGGUCCAUUCUGACAAGGUGGGCAAAUACCCUUUCUCUGCUCCAUUCCAUGCCAGUGCUGAUCAGAAUUCUACCAGCCCCAGGCAAACCUGUGAAUUUGGCCCAUACUCAGCUUGUUUGAGUGCCUCCUUCCCUCCUCUUGCAUCCUUUUGGGCUCGUCUUUCUUGACUUUUGCUUGGUCAGAACUUCCCUGUGACGCAGUGUCUAGGCGUCACCCUUUGUUGGCUCACCGCACUGUUGGCUUACAUUCAGCUGGCUGGCAUGACUGAAAACCCUACUAGCCUCCCAAGGUUAUUUGCCUUUUGAGAAAAGAUAGUGCUGGAUGACUCUAAUAGUGGAAACAUUUUAAUUAGUAGUACUAGAAUAUGGAAGAGGAAUUUUGGACAGAAAGCUUUGGAAAACUUAACAUCCUUUAUGUGGUAAUAAAGGAUGACCUACUUAGCUGAGACCAGCACAAAGAAAAAGCAUCCUGGAGUGGCCCUGUCACCACUCCUGCUUUCAUCAGUUCUUUGUACCCCCCUCCAGCUUCCAAACCCUGCUUGGACCUUUAGGGAAUCUGCUAUCAUCUCUCAUUUGUCUGAUGGUUUAGAGGGAAGUACUUUGCAUCCUUUAGAUAGAUACCCAACUAUAAUUUGUUUAUCUAACAAGAUGGCUUAUAGACAUUUUUAAAUCAGUUUAUUGGGUAUCCCUAUAAUACUUUCAUCCAAGAAAAUGUUACAUUGAGAAUAUAGAAAUGGUCCUUUCAAGUGUGCUACAAUCUUAAGCGCUACAUUUGGAAAGCCAUCUUAACUUUAAGGUGAUAUAAAAUAGGUACAAGUCAUGUGUGAUGGGACCCCAAAUAGUAGACCAAAUGUAUACGCUGGACUGUGAGGACUGGGUUGUUCAGGGAAAGUUUCAUGGAAAACUUUGAGCUUAGUCUUAGAGGAUGGAAGGGAGGAAGAGGAUUUCAUAUCAGGGUGAGCCAAAGCCGAGAGCUAUGAGAAGUACUAGGCCUGCUGUGGGUCAUUGUCACAACAGGUAUGAUAGAGUAGAGGGCAUGAAGGGCUCCAGUGAGAUGUGAGCAAGCAGAUGUUUGGAAGUUAGCUGCAUUUGGUGCUUGGGUUUCUUACCCUUGAUCUACCUCUUGGUGAGAUGAAUCCGGAACCGGUGUAGUGCCACCUGAAAAAUAUGUCCUAGAGAGACUUGAGUGGAAUAUAUAAAAGCAUUUCUAACUUUAGACUUAAUAAAUGGGCUUAUCCAUUUAUCCUUUA